UUGGCAUCAUCCAUGAUUCAAGAGUCCUUUUCUUGAACCCUAAAGGAAACUGUAUACAUGCAAGGCUAGAGUGGCUUUUUGUGAAACAGUCAUGGCAGACAGUACUUCAAACAGUGAAACAGUCGCAGGGGACAGGAAAAUUUAGAAUGAACAGUCAUAUCUCCCAAUAUUUUCUGGCAUCUGAAACAAGAACGAGGCCAAAAUCCUUUUGCAAAAUUAAACGAAAGGAUGGCCAUUUUGGCUGGGGCUGUUUGGUUGAUGAUGCUCCUGAUGAAACCUCUGACUGGACCAAGUACUUUAUCCUUACAAGCAGCAAAGCUAUUCCAAAGGAAAACUUUGAUGCCAAAGAAUACGAAGUGGAGUUUACGAAAAGAAGGGGAAAGUGCUGUCGUCUAACAGAUAUCGCAAAGACAGUUCAUCAUAUUCUCUCUGGGUUAGUUCUGAUUGCUAUUUAUCCUCAGUCCUACGAAUUCAACCAUGCCAUGUUUCAGACGGCACCAUGUUUCAGACGGCACAAAAGCUGCAGUGUUUUGGAAAAAAGUCCUAGGGUAGAUGUAGCUCGCAGUGAAAGUUCAUCCCACUUCUUUUUUAUCGAUAAAGAACUUUAUGAUUUUCAGCCAAACGGUAAUACCAGUUUGAAAGAUGGUUACAAAGGUUGUUGCUCUGUUUUAUUUGAAUUGAGCAAUGAGGAUUUAAAAGUACAAGCAGUUGGAAUAGUGAAUUUAGAGGAUAAUGGUCAGAGUUCUCCCAUCUUACUACCAAAAUCCAGUUUAAACACAAUCUUAGAUGAUGAAAACCAAACAGUGGAGGAAGAGCAAAGGAGACAAGAGGAAGAGGAAAGAAAUUCGAAGAAAGAGGUGGAAAGAAGGAAGGUAGAAGAAGUAGAAGAAGAGAAAAACAGAGAACAAGGAACAGGUACUGUUACUGAAGAACAUAUUACAAGAGUCAAAGUCAUCCCACCAUGUCUGAGUGAUGCACAAAGAGAAGAAUUUGUAAAAUUUUUUCUGCUAGAUGUAUCUCUGUUUGCAAAGAACAACAGGACGUCGCUCGAUACAGGAUUACACGCCCUGAUUGAGCAUAUACAAGAUGUUUACAACGUUUGCGUAGGAAAAUUAGGGAUUGGAUGUUUAGAGAUAACAGUACAGUGCCCCACCCUGGACAGCCUUGAACGUCUAUGGAGUGACACUCGUUCUGGUUGCAUCGACAAGUUUGCUGAGAAAUUCCUAGUGACCAGCACAUUCAAGACGAAACUUGGCGUGGAAAAUAUGACGCUUAAAGUCGAAAUCAAAGAAGAGGAUUACAAGGCAUGUAGGGAGUCUUUUAAUCCACAUUUAGGUAAUUCUGUUAAAGUCGACAGCUUCAUAGCUACGGUUACAUCGCCAUUUGCAUCUACGAAAGAAAUGACCAACUAUGCAAGGCUAUGCCGCCUCCUGGUGAAUGUUGGAUUCCAAGUACUGCGCUCCACUUUUGACAAUAUACAUCCACCAGCGACUCUACGCACAGUUUUGGGAAGUACAUCUGUACAUUACGCCACAUUGCAGUCACUGUACGUUAAAGGGAAGGAGAAAGUGCUCAAUCCCAUGCAGUGGAGGAAGUUGUAUCCUACUCACUCACCCGUGUCCUCCGUAACCUUCGACAUCACACUUCUAACGGUGCUGCUUAGAAACAUCUGUGGUUUGAGCCCUCCUGCCACAGGAUGGGAUCGUCUUCCCCCUGCUGCAGACAUAUGCAUCGCAGAUGACAUAGCUAGAGUGAAGUAUUACAGGAAUAGUGUAUACGGUCAUGCAUCUCAAGCCUCUAUUGAUGACAAAAGCUUCAAUGUUUAUUGGCAGGAAAUACGAGAAGCUUUGGUGAGACUGGGAGGGGCUCGUUUUCGAGCAGAUAUCGACAAACUGAAGCAAGACUGCAUGGAUCCAGAUAUGGAAAAGCAUUAUUGUAAGCUGAUGGAAAAAUGGAAGAAAGACGACGACAACAUCAAAGAAAAACUUGAAGAAAUUGAAGAUACCACGAAAGGGUCUGUUGAGAAAAUAAAAGGCGAAAUGGCAAAGAUGGACAGCGAAGUGGCAGAAGUGCAAAAGCUGAGUACUUUGACACUCCCAGCAGGAGAAAGCAAAGAUGAAGGAGGAAUCGAAGAUACAGUGAAAGAAACAAUUAAAGAAUGCAGCGAUCGAGGGGGCACUUCUGUGAGCGAGAGCAACAAGGAAUUGAACCAGUUACACUCUGCUGAAAGAGACAUUUAUGUCACUAGGAAGAAAUCUCUGCUUCCCUAUGGAUUUUCUGUUGACUCCAGAGACGCAACAGGCAGAACACCCCUAAUGAAAGAAGCUUGGAAUGGCGAUGUUCAGGCGGUGAAGGGUCUGAUUGAGAGAGGAGCCAAUCCGUCCUUGAUGGACAACAGAAGGUGGAAUUCGUUACAUUUCGCCGCAUGUGGUGGUGACCUCGACAUCAUCUCUCUGAUCCAUUCUCGUGUGAAGGAUAUUGAGUCAAAGGAGGUCGAGGGUUACACGCCACUCAUGAUCGCUGCGUUUAAUGGAAAAUUACAGGCAGUGAAAUGGUUUCUUGAGGAGGGGGCAGCUAAAACCUGUGUAUGCAACAGAGGUUGGAAUCUGUUACAUUGCGCAGCACUGAGUGGUGACCCAGAUGUCAUGGGUGUUAUCCUUCCUCACGUGCCUGAUAUCGAGUGUAAAAACGCUAACGGGCAAACACCUCUAAUCAUUGCUGUUCGCAAAGGCAAUCUGCAGAGUGUAAAGCUUCUUCUUGAGAGGGGAGCCAAUCCCUUUGCUAAAGAUAACAAUGGCCAGGAUUCUUUAUAUUAUGCCUCAUCAGAUGACUCAAAUAUGUUUGACUUUCUGCUGAGUCACGUGGGCAAAAGUGAAUUAACAACCGGCAAUGAUUAACUCAGGUUGGUGAGAUAAGUUCUACAGCUCGCUUCAUGUCCGCUAAAUUCUGCAAUGUCCAGAUGUAAAUUGCUGGUUUGUUUGCCCUGUCAUCUUCCGCAAAACUCGGCAUAUUAACGAGGUUGUCGAAUGUUUCAAUUUUGUCAUAAGAAAUUCACUUCUCACUUGUUUUCGGCUUCCGUAGGCUUCUGAGUUAUAGUCAAAAGCCUUCACAAAAAUUUGAUCAGAUAAACAUCAAUUAGAAAUAUCAUGAGUUUUCUUGUAAAAAUUAGAACAAAUAAGCAGUCGUAAUAUUUUCAAAAUAGGGGUUCGUGCAUUGAUGUUGGUCUUUGCAAAAAACACACAUUUGUAUUUAGCCAAAAUCGUGCGAUGGUCUACACAAAUAAACAAAUUUUUCCACUGAAUGAUUUCGUUGAGAGUGAUUUUUCAGUUAGCCUUUGUUAGCAAGUUUAUGACUUGAGUAAGUCAAUAAAAU